GGAGGGAGAGAGAGAGUGAGGGAGCUCAUGGAAUGCUGUGAUGUCAUCAGCCCAGUCUCUCUCUCUCACACACACACACACACACACACACAAAGACAGUAGUCGGAGUCGAGACUUAGUUAGCUAACUCUGCUGAGGAGCGGCUGUCUACAUCCUGAUGUUGUUCCCGUGACGACCUCCAAAGUCAAAGGAAACAUCUCAGUCAGCACACACACACACACAGGAAACGGCCUUCUCUGUGUGUGUGUGUGCAGCUGAUUCAUGAAGACAGCUUCUGACUGACGUCUGAAAACAUGACAGUAUAAACACACAGGUCAAAGGUCAAAGGUCAGGUGUAACUCAUCAACAUGCUGCAGCAGAUUUUAAAGGACAUGUACAUCGACCCUGACGUGCUGAACGCUCUCAACGACGACCAGAAGAAGACUCUGUUCCUGAAGAUGCGGCAGGAGCAGGUUCGACGCUGGAAGGAGCGAGAGGAGAAGCUGCAGGAGGAGCACGAGGAGCACGAGGAGCACGAGGAGCACAAGACAACAAAGCCAAAAAGAGCCAACAGUAAGAGUGUGAGCUGGCUGCUCGGCCGGGACGGAGACGUUUCAGUGCUUGUGAUCGGGGACGUGGACGAGCUGACCUCCAAGUUCAUCUGCUCGGGAUUUGGAGAAAAUAAGGCUCAAAGUCACCAGAGCAACUCAUACCUUCAGACGAUCUUGAAGAGCAGGAAAAGCACAGAAGCCGUCAAAAGUGAGAGAGAGAACGUCGUCUGUAAAACCCGACCUGGAAUCUCUGUGAAUGUAAAGGAGAAACAUGAGGCGACAAACACGUCACUCCCUCUGCUGGUGUCAGUGAGUGAGCGCUCAUCACCCUCAGCAGCACACCAGCGUGAGUUGAAGUCCCAGCUCUCCAUCUGCUCCAGUUCCCCCGCGAGGGUUAGUCCUGUCAACACGAGACCUGGCCUCGCAGAUAUGAGGCAGUCUGCUCCCUCUGUCACAUCACACUGUGGAACAACAACAGCAGCCACCAGCAGCAACAUGUGCUCAAAGGAACCUCAGCAGUCCCAGGAAUCACAUGCAGACGUCGCUGCGUCAGAAGCGUCUCGGCGAGCGGCCUCAGGCGGCGCCGGAGCAUCAGGGCGUGGUCGCGUGGCCCAGCUGAUGAAAACCUUCAGCGUGGAGAGCAGCGCUCAGAACCAGGCUCGCGGCAUCAAACCUCCUCUGCCCGCCAAACCCAACCACCUGCAUGUAACAAGCACACCGACUGUCAGGUAAUCCACACGCUCUCCACCGCGACCGUCACCACGGUAACCCGUCCUCAGGACUCGAGACAAACCGGACAAUGUUGGACACCAAAGGCUUCAGAGGAUGGAGAAGUGUAAACAAAGUUUAGCAGUGGAAAUGCUUGAAUGUUUGUUUUUAAAUCUGAUGAUGAUGAUGAUGAUGAUGAUGAUGCUAAAGUACUGUAAACACUCACACACACAAGUAUUUUAAAUCACUUUUGAUACUUUUGAUGUCAUUGUCAGGGACCUGAUCCAAAUCCAUAUACAGUAUAUAUAUGUGUGUGUGUGUGUGUGUGUGUGUGUGUGUGUGUGUGUAUAUAUACACAUAUAUACAUAUAUAUUUAAAUGGACGUAGCCUUUCGUUUGAAGUGAAGUCCAGGAAGUAGGACAGAGGUAGCAGUUGACCACCAGGGGGCGACUACACUGGCUGCAAAAAGAACAGUGUUUGAAUGUAAAUGUGAUUUAUGAAGUGAGCAUUAAUGGUUUCACGUGUUUGUCACUCGAGCCUGACAGAGAUUUAGUGACAGCAGAUGAAACACUGCGUCCAUUUCUUUAUAUAUGUUACCAUCACACACACACACACACACACACACACACGCACACACCUGUUGUUGAUUAUUUUCACUUUUUGUGACAAAAGAAAUUCAUUGUAACACAUUUUUUUAUUCAUAUAAAAAAAGAAGAAUUAUUCAUUUAAUUCAUGAUUCCUGCGCACAAUGUUGUGUUGUGUGUGUGUGUGUGCGUGUGUGUCUGUGUGCACGUGUCAGACCAGUGUUGGUGCCAAAGGCCUCGUCUGUCAGUCCCCGUGGACAGUUGGACAGUUGGACAGUUUUUCUCCUUGACUUUUUUCAGAGAUUUGUGGCUGUUUUCUUUCUUUUUCUUUGUUUUUUUUACACGUUGUUUUUCUGGGAUAUUUAACUCUAUGAACGUGCUCAGCUGUAUAAUGAGAGAUGUCUUUAUCUUUGAUAUCAAGUGUGCACAGUGAAAUCAAAGAAGCAAUAAAGUUGUCGUUAUCUUAA